UGUGUGUCGGGCAGCAGAUGAACCGCAGAAGGAUCCAGUCUACUCCGCACUCUCCAUGUUGAGAGGAACCGAGCAACUUGUUCUCCAACCGACUCCAACCGUCCGUCACAGCCCGCCUACUGUCCCCCCUAAACCACCCAGCUGUCUCCAUACAGCCCCGUGCUAUGACGCUGGACUGGAAAAGAAGCUUAGGAGCAAGUGCAUGAUCGUUUCCCUGAUCGACAAAGAGUGAGACAGGCUGAUUCAACAAAAGCUUCUGGAUGCAGUGUCUCCUGGGGCUCAGGUGAAAGAGGAGAAGCAGGCCGCCAGGAUGAAGGAGGAGAAUUUGUUUCAUCGGAGGUAUUCGCUGUGCCCCAGUGCCACCUCCCCGCCCAAAAUUGAUCCCCGCACCCUCACCCGGAACCUCUCUUAUGGAGGAGACAACGACUUCUACAACCUCAGCCCAGGCAGUGAGACAGACAGGAACGGUCUCUCCAUGCUGAGUAAUGAACUUAGUCCUGUCUUAUCACCAGGCAGCAAGUCUGAGUCCAGGAUGUUUAAUGGUGUUGAGAAGGACUGCCCCUCCCCCACCGAGAAGCUGGCCCGGAAGGAGUCUCUCAAGGUCCAAAAGCAGAAUUAUAGGCAAGAGAAGAAGCGAGCAGCUAAAGAACUGUCCACUGCACUUAAGGACCCCAGCGUCAUCAUCAUGUCCAACUGGUUAAAGAUCCGUGGCUCUUUAAAAAGUUGGACCAGACUGUGGUGUGCCUUGAAGCCUGGAGUUCUUCUGAUCUAUAAGACCCCCAAAACAGAUCACUGGGUGGGUACAAUCCUGCUCAGUGCAUGCAAGCUGAUCGAGAGACCCUCCAAGAAGGACGGCUUUUGCUUCAAGCUGUACCAUCCACUGGAUAAAUCAAUCUGGGCUGUCAAGGGUCCCAAAGGAGAGAACGUUGGCUCCAUCACGCAGCCUCUACCCAGUAACUACCUGAUCUUCAGAGCUGCAUCUGAGUCUGAUGGUCGGUGUUGGAUGGAUGCCCUGGAGCUGGCUCUAAGCUGCUCCAGCCUCUACAAGCUGACGGCCAAAGCUGGGAAAGAAGGAGAUAUCAGCACGACUUCAGAGUCCUCCCAUAUACUGCACCUGCUGCAGUCCACGGCACUCACUGAUACAGAGCUGCUGCAGUUGAAUGACACAGUGCUGCUGGGAAAUCACCACAUGGAGCAUGACGGCUUUUCAGAUAAAUCGGAGCGCGAGGCUCAUGACGACUGGGACGCUGCAGCCAAUGAGAACGGUGGAAGACUGACGGAGGAGAGCGAUGUGGACCAAUCAGAUGAGCUGUCCCCUGGGCCGCAGGCCACAGCAUAUGUAGAGCAGAGCACAGAGGAGAUGGCUGAGGCUGGCGAGGCAUCCCAGGUGGAGACUGUAUCAGAGGAAAACAAGGGCCUGAUCUGGAGCUUGCUGAAGCAGCUGCGGCCAGGCAUGGACCUGUCUAAGGUGGUGCUUCCAACCUUUAUCCUGGAGCCGCGCUCCUUCCUGGACAAGCUGUCUGACUACUACUAUCAUGCAGAUCUGCUCUCACAAGCCUCAUUGGAAGAGAGUGCAUAUGGUCGGAUCAAGCAGGUGCUGAGGUGGUACUUAUCAGGUUUUUACAAGAAGCCCAAGGGUCUGAAAAAACCUUACAAUCCAAUCCUGGGGGAGACAUUUCGCUGCUGCUGGCUCCAUCCAGAGACCAACAGCUGCACUUUCUACAUAGCUGAACAGGUGUCGCACCAUCCACCCAUCUCUGCCUUUUAUGUCUGCAAUAGGAAGGAUGGAUUUUCUAUUAGUGGAAGCAUCCUGGCCAAGUCCAAAUUCUAUGGUAACUCUCUUUCAGCUAUUCUAGAUGGCAAAGCCCGGCUGCUGUUCUUGAGCAGGGAUGAGGAGUAUGUCAUCACCAUGCCCUAUGCUCACUGCAAAGGGAUUCUGUACGGCACUAUGACACUAGAGCUGGGAGGGAAAGUUACCAUUGAGUGUGAGAAAACCAAAUGCGUAGCAGAGCUGGAGUUUAAACUGAAGCCUUUUCUUGGAGGUUCUGGCUCUGUAAAUCAGAUCAAUGGAAAGAUCUUUGUCGGAGAGGAAGUACUGGCCACUGUUGAUGGACACUGGGACAACGAGGUAUUUAUUCACGAGAAGCGCUCAGGCCAGCAGGAGAUUUUGUGGAACCCAAGUCCAGAAAUUCGCAGCAGUCGCCUCAAGAGACAAGUGGUCCAGUUAGACCAGCAGGGAGAAUUUGAGUCCGAAAGACUGUGGCAGCAUGUGACCAGUGCUAUCAUGGAUAGGGACCAAGUGCGUGCCACCCAGGAGAAGUUUGUAUUGGAGGAAGCUCAGCGGAGAGACAGCAGAGAGAGAGGAGACAAACCCUGGCUUCCACGGCUUUUCCAUCAGGACUCUGUCACCUCCGAGUGGACCUACAAGCACAUGGACACGCGACCGUGGGACCCUGAGCGCUGUUUUGUUCAGUUUGAGAAGGAUGGCGUGAUUCAGACGCAGGAGAAAAGCCAGAGACAACACAACGGACUCUCCUACAGCCACAGCUGGGCCAGUCAACAGAAGGCUGAGGUUAACGGGAAGCAUAGGAAGGCCAGCAGUCAGCCAUCUAGCUGCAGCCAGAACACUGAGAGCAGCAGCACCACGCCAGAACCCACACACGAGUCCUCGGACAAUGAAGGCUAUUCUAACCAGUGUGCCCGGUGCAGUAAAGAGAUAAAGGACAUUGCCAUAUUAGAGGCUUCCAUCACAUCUAUAAAGAAGACACAGCAGGAUAUCCAGAGGAACCUGGUGGCUCUGAGUCGUCAGAUGGCUCGUCAGAGGACAACAGACGACAGCGUGUCGCUGACAGGCCGUCAGUGUCUCAUCCUCUGUGUUCUGCUCCUCUCCCAGCUCCUCCUCAACUACGUCUUCACUUGAGCCAGCUCCUCAAGGAAGGAGUUUCCCACUGGCACUGAUCUGGCAUCGGGGCCCUCUGAAAAGCACAAACUCUAAUUAACAGAGGAGGGCAGGGACCUCAGAUCAGUGCUGGGGGGGCAACUUUGUCCCUUUCUUUUCUCUUUAAGGGAGGGAGCCUGGACCUUACAGCAAUAAACACAGCCACCGCCUGUCAGUCAUCAGCAGAGAGAAAUGGCACCCCCUAGUGUAGCCAGACUGAAAGAGCACCGGCACCCAAGCACUUUGGACAGGAGAGGAGGAAUGAAAGAUGAGCACGGUUCAGAAGAUUUUAAAUAAAGGAAGAAAUGUAUGAUUGAGAAUGAUUUAGCAAGAAGAAAUGACAGAGAGGAUGUUUCACCAUUCCUUAGUGUCUUUUAUAUUGCCCUGCAAUACUGUUUAUCUGUGAGUGUGCCUGUACAUGUGUUGUCUGUACCUACAAUAGGCCCUUUGGGUGCAGGCAGAUCACCACUUGGACUACUUCUUCCCUAACACUCCAGAUUUUUGGGCCUUAAUGCUGAAGCCAAAAUAAAAAAACAAAACAAAACAAAAAAAACAACCAGAAGAAAUACAAAUGAAGAAGGAAACUCUUCUCACAGUGCAAUUGUGUGUUUUGUAUCGGUGUACACUAAAAUACACUCUGUCUCGUCUGUUAUUGAUGAUGCAUUUACCAAAACAGUAUUUAUAAUCCGAAAGGACAAAGAGUACUUGUUUACAGGCAGCACUGCUUCUGUUUGUAGGAAGGAUAAUUGGAACGGGGCAGGGCCGAGAGCCAAACUGAGUGUCUUUGUAUUUGUGUGCCUGUAGUGCAGUAACUGAAGGGAUGAUAGGAUAGCACCUAUUGGUCUAGACCAUGACACUAGAGUGUACAAUCAGUUACAUAAAGAAGCAUGCAGAGGAUGAAACGGAGGGAAUAAGGAGAGAGAAAGAGAGGAAAACAUAAUUAAUACUUUGGCCUAAUAGAAGGGGUUUGUGUGUGCAUCUCGGUCUUCAACAUAUUCAAGUGACUGUUUUAGAUGUAAACACUUAGUAAUGAGUUGUUCUUUUUUUUAAAUCUUUUAAUCAGUUUGUAUAUAUUUGUCAGGCCGUCUAUUUCAAAAAGAGAUUUCAGAAUGUAUUUAUUGUGUGAUUAUCUUUGACUUUCCUAAUCUAAAUCAGCUUGGAGGACAGAGACCAGGGGUGACAAUCGAUCUCCUGGGGCUUGUGUAGGUUUGUCAUUUUGUAUAUGUGAGUGCAUGUAUGUGUGUGUGUUAGUGUGAUGGAGCACACACGAGCGAGGACGCCUGUAUGGCCACGCUAAACAAAGCCACGUCUGUGAUGUUGGUUUUUACUGGUAUAUUAGUCCUUGAAUUUAAGCCUCAUCACCAGUACCGAUCUGCACAGCAGGAGAUGAUGGACAAGUAGAAGAAGGAAGUCGACUCUUUGAAUGCUGUUAUUUAAACCUUAAUUUGUUUUUCUUUUCAUUACUAUCCUCUUUUCUACACUGCUGCCAUGUUGUGGGAUUCUACACGCCAGAUUUUUUUGUCAUAUGGAGCAAUGUGAUGAAAACAUGAUGAUUGCCUGAUGUUUUCACUCAUACCUGUUGACUACUGUAGCACUACAGUAAAAUGUUUUAACCCUG